GAGAAACGUUACUCCCAAAUAGAAAAGGAGUGCUUGGCAGCGGUGUGGUCGUGUGAACGAUUUGUACGCUAUGCACAGGUGCUAGACAGUUUUUGCCUCCAGACAGACCACAAGCCGCUUGUCCCAUUGAUUAAUGCAUGCGACCUGGACAAAGCGCCGGUGCGGUGCCAGAGACUGUUAAUGCGCAUGAUGCGGUUCAAUGUUACAGCUGUGCAUGUUCCAGGAAAACAGCUGAUCGUGGCAGAUGCGCUGUCCAGGAGCCCUCUGACUCAGGCCGGGUCAGAGACGGAGCGCCACAUCAAGGCGUAUGUCGAUGCGGUGGGGACAAACAAGCCCAUGUCAUCAGAGAAGUUGGAGGAGAUAAGAGGAGUAACGCAGACUGAUCCAGACCUUCAGGCGGUCAUCUCCAGCGUGCAGAACAGCUGGCGUAAGACUCGCAACUUUCCCUCUUUCUCUGCAUUCUACUCUGCCAGGCAUCACCUCUCUGAAGCGAGGGGACUAGUUCUGUAUGACGACAGAAUUGUGAUUCCUAAAAUACUGAGAGCAGACAUUCUGAAGAAAAUUCAUGCUGGUCACCAAGGACUGACAAAGUGCCGCGAGAGAGCCAAGCUCUCCGUCUGGUGGCCCGGCAUUGGUGGCGACAUCAAGGCAACAGUGUCGCAGUGCAAGUUCUGCAUAGAACACAAGCCCAAGCAGAGGCAUGAGCCUCUCAUCACAACAGCCCUACCGGGGGGGCCUUGGCAGAGGAUCGCUGCUGACCUAUGCGAGCUGGAAGGGAAGCAGUACCUAGUGGUUGUGGACUACUAUUCCAGGUAUGUCGAAAUGGCACACUUACCUUCUACAUCAAGCUUGCAGGUCAUCACGCGCCUCAAAGCCAUCUUCAGCAGAUGGGGCGUACCUCUCGAACUAGUCAGCGACAACGGUCUGCAGUUCACUUCAGCAGAAUUCACUGACUUUUGCAAAGAGUACGGGUUCACACACGCAACCUCAAGCCCCCACUACCCCCAGGCAAACGGGGCAGCCGAGAGAGCAGUCCAGACUGCUAAAAGACUGCUGAAACAGCCAGACCCGUACCUUGCUCUGAUGAGCUACCUGGCCACGCCCAUUGCUGCAACGGGAGCUAGUCCAGCUCAACUCAUGCUGGGACGACAAAUUCGCACCACAGUCCCCACAUUGGAGCAAAACUUGCAAAAGACUCCAAUAAGCCCUGAACAAAGCUGCCGACAGGUCAGGCAGUCCGUGUCAAGCUGGACACAGACAAGGGGUGGAAGACCCCUGCGCAGGUGGUGGCGAGAGCGGAACAACCCAGAUCCUACAUGGUCAAGAUGGACAACGGCACAGUGUUGCGGCGCAACAGGAGACACCUCCAGGCUGUUCCUGAGACCACCGGGCCUACAGAACCACAGCUACAGCCCGGGACCAGCCCAGCACGUCCCGUCAGCAGUCCACUUCCUGGUAUGGUCACCAGGGGCCAAAGAGCAUCACCAGGGCCCUCUGCACCAGAGGCUACACAGACACCGGCACGGCCUACUCUGUCUGGUGACACAGCCAGACUGACCUCCAGGGGCAGGGAAAUCCGACCACCUCUCCGGUUCAGACUCAAUGAAUGAUUUUUGACUGUUUUUAUUGCUAAUGCCUAACCAUUUUUUUUUUCUAGGUUUCGUUACUGUCUUAA